AUGUACCUCGAUACGGAAUUGGCCGAUGUAAAAUUUGUGUGCACCAACGAUGAUGAAUCGCAACUGGUGCCGGCGCAUAAAAACAUACUCUCAAGUCAAAGUCCAGUGUUCCGUGCAAUGUUCUAUGGAAAAUUGAAAGAGAAAGACAAGGUGGAAAUUCCCGAUGCAACAGUCGCUGGAUUCAAGGAAUUUUUGCAAUUUUUCUACUUGGGUGAAGUGACAUUGACAAUGGAAAACAUCGAAGAAGUGGCUCGCUUGGCGGAUAAGUACGAUAUGCUCGGACGUUUGAACAACUAUGCUGCAACGUUCAUCAACAAAUUGACAAUGGACAAUAUGUGUUGGGGCUAUCAAUUGGCAAUCAUCAUCAAACACGAGCAAUUGAAGGCAUACUGCGAAAAACAUAUCUGCACAUUCACCGGGGAUUUGUUCAAAUCGGCCACCUUUCAACAUUGCGACCAGAAGACAUUGAAGCAAAUCUUGGAAUUGGAAACGCUGAUGUGCGAUGAGAUUGAUAUUUUUUAG